AAUCACAGCCGCUGGCUUCCUCCCCGUCUCUCGUCACGCUCCAUCGCCUCUUGUUCAUUCAUGCUUCAUCUCCCCCGCCCUCCCCGCCUGCCCCAGGCCAUCACAUAGAAGCCCGAACACGACGCCCGCAAUGCCGCGUCCGCGCCGGCCGCCUGGUGCUGGCCCGGCGCUCACCAUCCUCGCCCUCCUCCUCCUCCCCUCGAUCCUCGUGGCCGCUCAGCAGCAGCAACCACUGGGGCAGCAGCCUCAUCAUGCCCGCAAUAGGUCUCCCCGCGCAGAGGCCCGCGUCGAGAAUGCACACAUCAUCCCACCCCACCACGAACCCCCCAGCCAAGAGGGCGCCCGUGUAGCAGCAGGCGCUGAGAAGCGUCGAUCGUAUAGCUACUCCUCCCUCUUGGGCCAGAAUGAGCGCGCCGUAGCAACCAAAGUCUCUACUGCUCCAGCCAUCACGGCUGUCAGAGCCCAUCCUGGCAAGAACGCAGCCUCGGGAGCCCUCAUCCCGAGUGCGCGCUCCUUGCAGGAUUGGGAAGUCGAGGACUUUGUUCUCUUGGCGACCGUCGAUGGCCAUAUACACGCACGCGACCGAUACAAUGGAGAAGAGAUCUGGGAGCUGGCCGGAAAGCCCAUGUUGCGGACCAUCUACAACGUCUCCGAGGGCAAGACCAGCAUCCAAGACCAACCCUUUGUCUGGAUCGUUGAGCCUAGAGAGGAUGGAGCCCUCUACGUGCUCACGCCGGGGCCCUACCCCAUCCUCCAGAGCCUGGGUCUGACGGUCAAGCAAUUGACUGACAUUGCUCCCUACUCUAGCGACGACCCCGAUCUUCCCGUCGUAUAUAACGUGGAAAAGAAGACCUUCAUGCUUCUUGUAGACGCCGCCUCGGGUAUUGUCAAGCAGAGCUUCAAUCCGGGUGGCACUUUCACCAAUGAUGACAGUUGUGCCCCCGAAUCCAAGAACUUCUUCAGGGCUCGAGAGCGAGAUUGUCGAGGCAUCAUCGACAUUGGUCAGACGGAAUACACCAUCACCAUACACAACAAGAAGACGAACGAGCAUUUAUGCACAAUCAAGUACGCGGAGUGGAAUCCGAACAGUCGAGACAAGGACCUACAGGCACAGUAUGUCGAGACCAUGGACAAGCAAUACGUCUACAGCAGAUACAAUGGCGAGGUCAUCGCGUACGAUCACAAACGACCGAGAUGGCAUCAGCGCCCGCUCUUCAAGCAGCCCUUGCCUUACCCAGUAGCACGAGUUUUCGAUGUUGCUAGGCCUACCCACGACGAAUCUGCAGAGCCUCCUCUUGUACUGCUCCCACAGCCAGCCGGACCGGCAUUCUCUGAGGAGAUGGCCAACCGUGUUCUUCUCAACACUACAGACUCUGGAGCCUGGUACGCUCUGUCGGAGGUCAACUAUCCGGCCGUGACCGACGGCGCCCCGGACGCUUCGUGCUACAUUCACAACGACUUGAUCGAUUGGGAAGCUCCAUAUGUGUUGCCAGACCAGAAGAGUCUAGUCGGUGUGCACAAGCUGGACUACCGCGUGGAGCAUCAUCAAUCAAGAUUGCGAGCCAUCGCCGCUCCUACCUACUAUCCAGAGAGGGACCGAGAGGGCCAAGUCGCCUCUAUGCCUCCAAAGUCAUCCCCGAUGGAGCACCAACACGCCACGAUCGACCCUCCCCCACAGACAUACAUGGAAUCCCGAUCCUUUCCCCGCUACUGGGUCGCUUCUUUUUUGACCUUCAUCAUCAUAGCUAGCUGUGUUGCUUCAUACAAACAGCCUAAUAUUGAUCUGUUCAGAAGUUAUUGGUCAAAGUAUAUACAACCAAGUAAGGCCAUAAAGCCUCAUGCUCCAAUUCCUGCUGCCGCACAGUCGGAACCCGAGUCUACCAAAGAAAAAGCGGCUUCCUCGCUAGACUUGGAGGCGCUUGUUCCAGACAAGGCCGCCGCAGACAUGGUCGAGAAGCCAGGGGUCGACGCACCCCUUCUGCAGGAUGCGAAGGAGAAGAAGGUCACGUUCGAUAUCCCCGAGGAGGAUGACGCCGACCUCUCACCUCUUUCGAGGACAACAACUGCUGACCAGGGCUCACCCGCUGAGGAUGACGCGGAUACUCUGGAAACAAACCCGAAUGCAGAGGCCCAGUCCACAACGAAAGGCCUCGACCACGGCAAUCAGGAUGGUGCUGUUGCGCCCGGGACCCCAAAGAAGAAGAAGACACACAGGGGAAAGCGUGGCGGCCGAAAGUUGAAUAGGAACCAAGUGAGAGACGACGACGAAGUCGGUCGUAUCGUUGACGCUGCCAGACAGCUUGAAGUCGGGCCUCAUCUGCAGCCUGACGAGGUCUUCAUGAAUGGCGACGAUAUACAAGACAUCUCCAACAUCAAACGCAUUGGAAAAUUGACCAUCGACCAGGACAAACUCCUCGGCAAUGGAAGUGGUGGCACUUUCGUUUUCGAAGGAAAGUGGAAUGAACGCGAGGUUGCGGUCAAGAGAAUGCUGCCCCAGUACUUUGGAUUAGCAGAGCAGGAAGUCAAGCUGCUCCAGGAAAGCGAUCUACACCCGAACGUGAUUCGCUACUUCGACGAUGAAAAGGACGAAAAUUUCCUUUACAUCGCGGUUGAGCUCUGCCAAGCCAGCUUGUUCGACUUGUACAAAGAUGGCAGGCCCGGAGAAGAGCUCACCGGGCCUCAGCAACGCUUGGUCAACGACAUCAACGCUAAUGCCCGACACGCUUUAUACCAACUGGCCAACGGACUCAACCAUCUGCACAGCCUCCGCAUCAUCCAUCGUGACAUCAAGCCACAGAACAUCCUCAUCGCACACCCCCAGAAAAACAAACUAGGGACACGUCUUGUCAUUUCCGAUUUUGGGCUUUGCAAGACUCUUCCUGACAACGUCAGCACACUCAUUGGUACCACGGGCAAUGCGGGUACCGUUGGCUGGAAAGCUCCCGAGCUAAUAUCACAGCCUAAAGAACUUGCCAACGGCAGCUCAACAGGCAUCUCCCGCGACUCCUCCAGCUCUACCGACCCCGUCGCGCAAGGCGUCAAACGAGCCGUUGACAUUUUCUCCCUCGGCUGUGUCUUCUUCUACGUUCUGACCAACGGUUGUCACCCCUUCGACGACGACGAAGGCUGGAUGCAGAUCCGCGAAUAUAACAUCAAGAAGGAAAAGGCCAACCUUAAACAACUUCGCUUGGGGGACGACUCGGAAGAACCAUAUCAUUUGAUUCAGUGGAUGCUCAAGACAAGACCGGAGGACCGACCCACCGCCGUGCAGGUUAUGAACCAUCCAUUUUUCUGGAGCGACGAGAAACGGCUCACGUUUUUGUGUGAUUGUAGUGAUCACUGGGAACGUGAGCCGCGCGACCCUCCUUCCGACGAUCUCGCCCGCCUCGAAGCUUACAGCUACGAAGUGCUGGAUCACAAACGCAACUUCCUAGCGAAACUCGACUACGCGUUCAUCAACUCGCUCGGCAAGCAGCGCAAGUAUACAGGCGACCGCAUGCUGGACUUGCUGAGGGCGCUGAGGAAUAAGAAGAACCACUACGAGGAUAUGGAUGAGGCUGUUAAGGCGAAAGUAGGGUCACUGCCUACUGGGUAUUUGAGGUAUUGGACCACCAAGUUUCCGCAGCUGCUUAUGAGUUGUUAUGAAUGUGUGUUGGAUUGUGGGUUGCAGGGGGAGCCUCGGUUCAGGCCGUAUUUUGAGGGGCAGACGAUGUAGGUUGUAUGUAUUGGCAUAGCAUCAGGCGCACUGUAUAUUCCG